CUCUCAGUUGCCUCCCAGAACAACAACGCAGAGCUGCAGGUUACUUCAAAGUCCAAAGGAUGGAUUUGCGUGAGUACUUCAAAAGAAUUGGUUUCCAUGCCUCCUGUGAUAAACUGGAUCUUGCAACACUGAAGCUGAUCCACAGACAGCAUGUUAUGUCCAUCCCAUUUGAGAACCUAAGCAUCCACUGUGGCGAGAGGAUCACCAUGGACCUUGAGGUCAUCUUCAAUAAGGUCGUGAGGAGCAGCCGCGGAGGCUGGUGCCUUGAGAACAACUCCCUGUUUGGCUGGGUGUUGAGACAAAUGGGUUUCAACACGACAACACUGAGCUCCAGAGUUUUCAAUAGUUUCCUCAAUGACUUUGGCCCGCUUGACUCUCAUCUCAUUAACAAGGUCAUCAUUGAUGGGAAGGCUUAUAUCACAGAUGUAAGCUUUGGGGUGUCAUCACAAGUGCGAGAGCCUCUGGAGCUUAUUUCUGGAAAGGAGCAGCCCCAGGCAGCGGGUGUUUUUCGCCUCAUAGACAAAGGGGACAUGUGGGUGCUGGAGAAGACUGGCAGAAAACCAAAGGUUCCUAAUCCAGAAUUUGCUACAUCAAGUCUGGUGAGCAGGAAGGAAACAAAGCAGAUCUACUGCUUCACCUUGGAGCCUCGCGGGGUAGAUCAUUUUGUAGAUAAAUGUCACAGGCUGCAGACCGACCCCGCCUCACUGUUCACCAAUAAGUCCAUCUGCUCUUUGCAGACUCCCACGGGAUUCAGAGCCCUGAUUGGAAAGACCUACAGUGAGGUCACCUUCAAACCAGAGGAAGGUGUUGAUGUCUUAGACAUGAGGGACAUACCAGGUGAUGAGAUAGAAGAAAUUCUGAUGGAAAAGUUCAACAUAAAGCUGCAGAACAAACUAAAGCUCAUGAGCAACAAAUCCUGGUACACACUUUGAAAACAAUCCUCACAUAUCAACAUUUUAUGUUGAAGCUUGUCAGCAAAAUAAAAUAUUUGACAACUUCAUGAAUUAAAUUAUUUAGAUCUUCAGAAUUGUAGUUGCAUAAAAACAGAAAGAAAUGAGCUCUAAAUAAUGUGCACUGAAUGAUGGAAUGAUAAAAAAAAUAACUCCAAUUAUUCAAUUUGAUUUUAUUGUAUUCAUAUAGCGCCAAAUCACAAAAGCAGUCACUUCAAAGCACUUUAUAUUGCAAGGUAAAGACCCUACAAUAAUACAGAGAACACCACAACAAUCAAUUAUCCACAUAAUCAUUACAUAAUUAUGAACAAAUAUUAUUAGGCAAAAAACAUAAUGUGUUAAAGAAAAAAAAAGAAUAUAUAUAUAUAUAUAUAUAAAAGAUAAUCUUUAUUAGUCCCACAGAUGGGAAAUUCACAUUGUUACAGCAGCAAAGUACACUAAACAGGAAAAUAUAAAUAGAUGCAGCAUACCUAACAACAGUAAAGCUAUGCAAGUAUAUAUGCAAGUAUAAAUAUUUUAAUUUCUAGUGUUAUUAUAGUGUAGUAGUUUACACAUUUGCUUUUCCCUUUGGGUUUCCACCAGGAAUGACAAAUCGAAGGUAGAGCCACCUGCUGUGGCAGCUCCUUGUAAAUAAGGGAGCAGCUGAAAGUAGCUUUAUUUGGAAUUGUAUUAUAGUGGGAAGUGAGAAGAAGGGAGUAGAGGAGAAAUGCUCAGUGCAUUAUGGGAAGUCUGUCAGAAUAUGUAAAUUAGGCUUAAAACGUAUCUGAGUUUUAUCCCUAAUUUUAAAAGUACACAGGGUAUCUGUGCAUUAAAUAAAAUGAUUUACAGUAUGAGGGAAAACAUACCAUGUUUAUAUUUUUCUAGAUAUAAUAGUGAGUGUAGUGAUCUUAAUAUUUAUAACUACCUUGAAUGUUUUUGUGUCACCUUUUUUUGUUUUAUGUUUGUAUAUUUAUUAAUCCCAUAUAUCAUAAUGCUUAAACUAAGAUAACUUAUUUCAUAGUAUUUAUCCUCAACCUUGUAAAACAGCAAAAAGUGAAAACUGAUCAAAUCUGAAGACAUCCUGACAAAAAAAUCAUAUGCACACUGCUUCUCUCCAGUUUAAUAAAUUCAAUCUCAAAACAUUCUUGCAAAGGCAACAUUUUGAUCUUGAAAUGAAGAAAGAAGAUUCCAUGAAUAUUUCUAUUUUUCAAACUAUAUUACCUGUUUAUCUGUUCACCAUUAUAAAAUUAUCAUAAUGCUUAUAUAUGGUAACUGAGUAAUUCACAGUAUUUUUUCUGAAGCACAGCUAAAACUCUAAAAUUGCUGCAGGAAAGUACUGAGCUUCAUGAUGACAGAGAAUGAUGAAGCAUUAAAAUGUCCUGUUUUGUGAAGUUGUUAUAGUGUCAUAGGUUUAUGCAAGGAAGUUUGUAUAUCAAGUGAUUUGUCCUCAACGCCUCUGCCUCUACAUGACUGAGACUCAGAUCCUCAUCCUGGCCAUCCAAUGGCAGUUCUUAGCAUAGAUCAACAUGUGUUAAAUAGAAUAACCUAAAUUGUAUUUUAACAGACUUGAAUGGACAGUGGCUCUUUGGGUUUCAUGAUAUUAAACAUACUUUGCUGUUUUAUUCUA